CUGACUGGUCCAGCGCACAAAGGUUAAAGGGCCUUCUGUCCUCGUUCCCAUCUCCAUCCCUUUUCUCAUCAUCUCCACCUUCACCGCCCGUCGUCUCAUUCCGGAAAACCAGAUCUGUCUGCCAUGCCUCGCUCGACCUUCGUCAACCAGGACUUUGUCCUCACCGUCCUUGCCGUCUACGCAGCUACUGUCGCCUUCAACCGCUGGUUCCCCGAGGCCAAUCUCGUCGCGGUCGAGGCCCAUCCUUCGUCCUAUAUCCAGACCUUCAAGAGCGUGCCCCAGUCGGCCUUGACCCUCUACGCUGUCCACCUUGUUGUCGACAUCAUCCGAGUCAUGGCCCUCGCUGUCCUCGAGUCCGCUGCUUUCUCAUUCGCCUUCAUUGAUGAUGUCUUCGAGCCAUUCUCGUACGCAUUCUUGGUCUUUUCCUUGAUCAUAACCACCAAGGAUAUCCUGAUGCUCGGCUGUAUUCAAGCUUUCCCCGAGGUCAACGAUCUGGCCGCUGCCAAGGUUGCUGAACUGAUGCCUUUGGCCGUGAUGAUGGAGCAAGGAUUGUUGGCUGCUGGUGCCCUGGCCCUGGCUAAGGGUCUCUACAGCUGGACCUAUGCCAUUGGACGCGACAAGCGACAGGUCAUUGAGAAGGAGGACCUCAAGAAGAACGAGUAAAGGCAGCGAUUGACACCAGAUUCGUUGACCGGGGCUCUUUUCGUUGUUUUUUGUUGCAAUUGUUUUCGGCAGGUUCUUUUUUUUUUUUUUUUUCUAUCUCUAAUGUGUUCCAGGAGCAGGAGAACUCGGAAAGGGGGAUCAUGUGGACGCGAUCGGCUAUGAUCCCUGACAAAAAGAUCCCGCCGUGCUCGACACGACGCCAGCAACCUCUAGCCCCUUGGCGGAUACCCUCUUUUGUAUGCAAUCAGUUACUUAUCGACAGUCAUUAGUAGUUUUUAUUUUUGUUUUCUUUAUCCCUCUCUUUUUUUUUGCGUUUUCUUGUUCUUGCGUUCAUAGUCUUAUUCGUUUACACUGGAUCCACAUUGUACAUCAUAAAGUCCAUUCAGCAGCUAUCCA